AUGGCAAAAGGGUUGGACCUCCCGGACAACACAGACUCACAAAUGUACCCAGAGGGGAAAACGGUUCCCGUGGGCAGCAACAUGACGUUCUGCUGCAUCGUGGAAGAGGGUCAACAGUUUGGAAGCCUGUGGUACAAAGACACACUUGUGAAAGAGAACAUGCUGAGUAGGCGGACCUACGCUACCACAAUGACCAAUCAGGGCCCGUCCAACCCCUCCGGGACCAAUGUGGUCUGCAGCAACGAGAAGAAAAUGAUUAUCGCCGGCGCUGUUGUGUUUGUGGGGUACCCCCCUCUGCCCAGUGACUUGGUGUGUGAAACCCAUGACCUGAUCUCUGUGGACUGUCAGUGGUCAAAGGGCCGAGAUACCUACCUGUUUGGAAUGACCCGUCAGACGUACUACACCCUGAAUGGAAGGAACUGCCCCAAAGCCAGGAACAGCAACAUGCGUUGUGGUUUGGAGCAGUGGGAUGGGAACUGGACCCUAGUCGCACGCAACCUGCUGGGCGAGUUCAGGCUUACAGACGCAGCCCAGCUGGGUCACAGAGUCCGCCCAGUGGCCCCUGUGAAUUUGACCACCCCAGAGGUCUAUAGCUGGAAUGCCAGUGUGGGUUGGCUCUGGAAGUAUAAUGGUUACGAGAGGCUGUCCCUUAUCUGCCAGGUGCAACGGACCAGCCACUUGAACAGCAGCACGCAAACCUACACUGGUUACGGACUGAACACAGUGGUACUGAAGGACCUGCAGCCCGAUGAAAAGUACAGCGUUAAGGUUCGCUGUGGAUCCCAGAAGAACUUCUGGAAAUGGGGAGAGUGGAGUUUGCCGCUGAGUUUCCAAACCAAAAUGGACCGCCCUGUUGCUCCUGACAUAUGGCUGUGGAUGGACAGCGACAACCUAGGCCGUGUUUUGUGGAAACCUCUAACAAAGAGCGAGAGCCACGGCCAGAUCAGCGGUUAUGAGGUGAUCCUGUGGAGCCCCGAGGAGAACAGCCAACAGACUCUCACCCUCCACCAGAGCGUGUAUAGUCUCCCCAUCAACGUGACUGACCGCGGGAGUAAAGUCACGGUCACGGUCACCGCUCAGAAUCCUGCAGGAGUCUCCCCCCCAGCGAACGUUGUCAUCCCCAGACACUUGCCAGAUGCAGAGGACACCACCAUCUCCAAGGUCGCAUUCAAUGGCAGUGGGUUUCCCCUGUCCUGGGUGGCCCAUGCUAACGCUAGCURUGGCUACGUGGUGGACUGGUACAACACUAGCUGCACACAGGACUGCAAUGUGGAGUGGACCAGGGUGGCAGCGGACAACACCAACACCAUGGUUCAAUCCGGUAACUUUUUUGCAGGAGUGAGAUACACGUUCUCUUUGUAUGCCUGUUCAUCGGAGUCCACUGUGUUGCUAGAGAGGUGGCAUGGGUACAUGCAGGAACUGGUUCCGUCUCGGACCGUCUCCAGGCUGUCACCCAACCAGGAGGGCUCUGACGUCCAGCUGACCUGGGAUCAGAUUCCACUGGAGCAUCAGAGAGGCUUCAUCCUGGGAUAUACCGUCUACCUGACCAACGCAUCCCACCUCACACUACUGGCCAACAUCACAGAUCCACAGCUUACCAACCACACAGUCAGGAACCUGGUCCUAGGUUCCUACAAGUUCACUGUCAAGGCCUACACCGCAGCAGGGGAGGACGGAGGCGCCACAGUGUCCAUCUCACUGGAGCCCUACAGUAUGUUCUGUCAACAUUCUCUCACAGUUCUCACAGCUGUUUUUAGGCCUCACAGUAUGUUCAGUCCUCCUGCAAACUGUAUGACCCAGUGGGURAAUGAACAUGGUUUGAGCAUGAUUAAKCGUCCGUGA